UUCAUUGCUUUUAAGAAACACCAGUGCUUUCCAACUUCUUUAACUGUACAUUUUACAGGAAAAAAUUAUGCAUUCUUUCUACUUAUCAAAUUAUGUAUCGAAGUACUAUGGAGACACCUGGAAUAAAUGUGUCCAUUAUCUGUUUUGAGUUUUUUUAUUUUAUUUAUUGUAGUCCACGGUUUGAAGACAGAGGCAACCCUCCAAGCACGUCGUCCAACAUCUAUCCAACCAGUCCUCCAAGCACGUCCAACAUCUAUCCAACCAGUCCUCCAAGCACGUCCAACAUCUAUCCAACCAGUCCUCCAAGCACGUCCAACAUCUAUCCAGCCGGUCACAACAACACAUACUUUCCAUCCCCCAUGUACCAGUUUUCACCUUACGUAAAUCAUGGCAUCUCCUCUCCACUGUUGCAUCCUCCAUCUCCAGCCUACCAUAUGUCACCAGGAGUAAAUGCCCAGUUUCAUCAGCCAUCGACCAGCUAUGCCCAGCCAACUGUUAGCUUACAAGCGUUUCAACAAAUGGAGGACAAGCUGAAGGCACAGCUAUCAAAGAUGAACACACUUGUUGAGGAGCAACAAAAAGAGAUCCAUGAUUUAAAGACUUACAGUAAGGCCAGCAUCGAUGCUGUUAAAAACACAGCCCAAAAAGAAGUCAAGUCACUUGUGAUGAAGGAUACCAUUUUGACAUACAAUGCAGAGACUGCAACUGACAUUGCGAAUAUGACACCACAGUCCAUGAAAGAACAGGUGAAAGAGGAAGCACCAGUUUUCUUCGAGCUCCUAGAAAACUGCAUCAAAAGCGAUGUCCCUGGGGACAAGGACACCUCAAUGUUGGCAUUUCUCAAUCUUUGUUCCAUUGCAAACAACAGAAGCAAGCGUGCCAAUGCCAUACAAAUGAUCACCACCCUGUCACUCAUCUCGAGGUCAACAAAUGUGCAGGUCAUCUCCAUGCUGAAUUCCAUGGGUGUUGCCAGUUCCUACAAGGCAGCAUGGAAUUUUCUGUCCAACUUUGCUGAAAUGCAGGGGGCAAAGCACCUGGACAACAGCAAGCCUUGUAUUGUCUUUUUUGACAAUGUUAACAUUCUCAAAAGAGUGGGACAUGUGAGGAUGGGGAAACAAAACGAGAUGUUUAAUUGGACAAGCCGGUUGGCAGUUGUGGUAGAGCAUGAAGAUCCUUCAGCCAGCAGAGAACCCCAGGGCAAAAGAGAGGACCUGUCUGAUGCAGACAUACUGGCUGACAGCAAUGACAUAAGUGACCUCAAAAGCAGAUUAAAGAAUCAAGUGAAAGCUAUAAUAGUUGAACAUUUCCCAAGCUUCCAUCAGUUUAAAGACAGUGUAAGAGCUCCAUCCAGCCCCUUGCCAGUUAAGAAAAGUAGCAUCACCCCGCUGCCACUGAUGGACAAGGAUGAGUCGAAAAAGGAUGAUACAAUUCAGAUUCUGCUCAAAUUUGCUGAAGAGCUACAGCUGUCUGACAACAUAAAAGACCAGGUACGAUAUGUAAACAUGGAGUCCCAAGUGUGGUAACAGAACUAUCAAACA